CAUGGGGAACAAUAGACUUACAAGGUUGCUCUUCCAGCAAAUAACCAGAAAACAAUGGCAUCCUCCUGCAGAUACAAGAACAGGUGCUUUUCAUGGAAGGCCCUAUUCAAGUAAUUCACUCAAAGAGGCUUUGAAACCUGAGAUUCCAGAAGAGAUUUCCAGCUCUGCAGUCUGCAUUUACAAGGUCCCAGAUAUCAUGCGCCGGGUGCAGAGAAAGGCAUAUCAACCCAAUGUCAUCUCAAUCGGUCCGUACCACCAUGGCGUAGAGCGCCUCGAAGCCAUGGAAAAGCUCAAACUGAAAUUCGUUUGCCGCCUUUUUGACCAGAAUGGACUCGAAUUAGAUCUUGUGAAGAAUGCGUUGGGAAAGCUGGAGGAAGAAGCUCGGAUUUGCUACUCGGAGGAAAAGGAAAUCCGACUUGGAAAAGACGGAUUUGUGGAGAUGAUGCUCGUCGAUGGCUGCUUUGUUGUUGAGCUUCUUAGAGAGGUGUGGCGGCGUGAAUCCGAACACCAAAUACCUUUCAUCCAAAGGUGGAUGCUGCCCAUUUUCCGUCGAGAUCUGAUAAUGCUUGAAAACCAGCUCCCAUUCUUUGUUCUGUCGGAAUUGUUUGAAAUCACAAGUAAAAAUACUACGCCGCCGCCGCCGCAGCCGCCAUGUUUGCAAAAGCUUGCGCUUCACUUCUUUAAUCCUCUGCUGCAAAGAGAUUUUGACACAACACCGCCGAAGAUCGUAGCAACCGGUGAAGGAAGUACCGGAGCAAGGCACUUUCUCGACCUUUUCCGGUCGACUAUUGUCCCGGUGACGCCGGCGAGACGGAAACAGCCCAACAUGAUCCGUUCAACAACGGAGCUGAAAGAAGCCGGUGUCAAAAUACAGAGAGCAAAACAUUCGCAGCUGCUCGAUGUAACGUACGAGGAAGGGGUGCUGAAGAUCCCUCCUCUGUACAUCGACGAUUACAAGGGUACCCUGUUUCGAAACAUGAUGGCAUUCGAAAAAUGCCACCGCCAUUGCCACCCAGACGUCACCACCUACAUGUUCUUCUUCGAUGGACUCAUCAACUCAGCAAAGGACGUGGGGCUUCUCCAUUACAAAGAAGUGCUUCAGCAUUCUUUGGGAAGUAACAGAGAGGUUGCUAAACUUGUGAGCACCAUUUGCAGGGAAAUUGAUCGGGUUGCAGACGAGUCGUACUUGUACAUGGUGGCGGAUGACGCCAAUUCUUACUUUGCUUCCAUUUAUGCCAAGUUUCGAGCAGGAUUGGUGCGCCACUAUUUCAGCAGCUGGCUGGUGGGAUUCUCAACGAUGGGUGCAAUAUUUGCUCUGUACCUGACCCUUGUUCAGACUGCAUCUGGGAUUGCUAGUGCCAUCGAACCCCUGGGAAAAGGUGACUUCGGAUCAUAUAUAAAAGAUUCAGUGUUGCUCCCUUUCUCUGGUAAGCCCAGCUCCAGAGGUGGUUCAACAACCGGAGAAGAUGAAUCCCUGUAGCUGUAGGAAGUUUUGGUAUUUUAUGCAUUUCUGAUUUAUUGUAGAUUUAUGGAGUUGAAGGGCCUGCUUGUAUUUAGUCUACAAGUCAAUUUGGCUAAUAAAUAUGUUAAAUAUAGAGAAACUUUGGGUAGUUUCUCUUCCAAUUCCCUGCUUCCCUACAAUGGAAAUACUUUUCCCCUAGGCUUGGCUUGUGUUGCUUUGUUUACUCCCUUUGCAACUGACUUGCAAACUUGCUUGGUGCAAUUCUACUUUUUU